CCCACAAACGAAAUGGACGACCCAUCACCACCACCGCACCCCAAACCAAACGACGACUCCCAUUAUUCUUCCAGCGAAGAUACCAACUCCCCAGCCAGCAUAUCCCCCACCGAAAUCACAGUCGCCAUCUGCUGCGCCCUCCCCAUCGAAUCCGUAGCCGUGCGCUACACCCUCGAUGAAGAAUUCCACUGCCGCCCGCCGCGAUCCCACCCCCGCCAACACAGAUACGUCUUCUCAUACGGCCGCAUCGGCGAGCACAAGGUGGUGCUGGCCUGACCGCAUCAGAUCGGCCCCGUCAAGGCGGCCCUAUGCGCCGCGGCGGUGAGUCGGCUGUUCCCGACCGUGCGGUUCGCGCUGAUGGUGGGGAUCGGGGCGGGGAUUCCCGGCAAGCGGGAUAUCCGGCUAGGGGACGUUGUGGUCGGGGUGCCGAGGGAGAAUCAUCCGGGAGUGGUGGAGUAUGAUCUGGGGAAGUAUGAGAGGGAUGGGUUUCUGUUGAAAGGGUCGCUGAAUAAGCCGCAUCCCAUCCUGGUGAGUGCCGAUGGGGCGUUGUUGGAGGAGGAGAUCAUGGGGCGGAGGCCGCUGUGCAGAGUCCUGAGGGAGCUUAUGCGAAGGCCUGGGUAUGGACAGCCGGAUUUGGAGGAUGUUCUUUA